GAAAGCGCCCAAAACAAAGGCAUCAGUCCCGCCCAAUACCUGAAAGAUGUGAGCAACAGAGCAGAACUCUACCGAAAGAGCGACGCGGUUGCUGGGCGAGAGGAGUUUGUGAAGACAUUGAAUGAGGCUAUGGGAAAGUCUGGUUUGCACCUUGUCAUUGGGGGCAAGUCCCUCGGAAAGACCAAAAUUGUGCAGACCGUUGUUGACAAUGCUGGCGAUGAAGCUCCUUUGCUCUACGUCAAUAUGCGUCUCCCGAGCAAAGCCCAGUCAACGGAUGCAUUGGAAUGUUUGCAAGAAGAAGCUAAGCGAAGAUGGACCGGAAAGAAUUUGCCAUUCGGGGCAGAGCGGCUGGUUGCCGCCGGUUCUGCGGUUGUUGGAGCACUUGGCAAAGCGAACUUAAAGAAGAGUGACGAAUGUGACGAUGAGGAGAUAGGAGAGGGUGCAGUGGAAACUCUUCUCUCUUUGUUUCUCAACAUCACCAAGCCCGAGGAGUUCAUCAAGGCUUUUGUUGCGGCAACAAUGGCUGCAGAGAAGGUUCCAGUCAUGAUUGUUGAUGAAGCCAACAUCGCCUUUCCCAGUGGUAACGGUGGGAAUGGGAAUGGCAGAAGAGAAGAGUUCUAUGAGACCUUUGGUGGAAACGUUUUUCUGUGCCACCAGGCGGUCGACAAGCUCCGUGAGCAAUUCGAGUUGGGUCAGGAGAGGCUCUUCGACCCCUUCAACGUCCGAGACAAUGCCGGCUUAGAUGACCUCGUUGGUGACCCGCUCACUCGGAAGCACAUGGAGAAAUUGGCUCAGAAAGGAUGGUCGCAAGUAGAGGGUGGCGCUGCAGAAGCGAAGACGGAGAGCCAGAAGGGUGCUCGCAUCAUCGCCAAGAAGAACUUCGGCGCCAUCAUCGCGAGACAGACCACUACUUUCUUUGACGAAGCCUUGAAGGAAGAUAUGUUCAGAGACCCAGAUGCUGUGCGGGUUUUAAUUCCACCAACUACAUAUGCACGCAAGUGCAUCCAGCGGAUGGUGGACACGGUGAAACCAAGCAACUUGGACUUCAAAGAAAGACUUUUCCUUUGGAGCAACCACUCGCAUCACCAGACCACAAGCUGGAGCAGUGUGGGUGAGGACGGCAAAGGUGGCUUCGAGUUCGUUGGCAAUGGAUUUCAAGUCAAGGAUAAG